CGAUAUGGCAGAGUUCAUACAAGGUAUGAAGGAGAAGAGCAAAAACGCUGCCCGCAGUCGGCGAGAGAAGGAGAACGCAGAGUUUCUGGAGUUGGCCAAACUUCUGCCACUCCCUGCUGCCAUCACUUCCCAGCUGGACAAGGCAUCCAUCAUCAGACUGACGACCAGCUACCUCAAGAUGAGGCACGUCUUCCCAGACGGUCUAGGCGACGCCUGGGGUGCUGCGCCGCCCCCCAUACACCCCAGAGAAGCCUGUAUCAAGGAACUUGGAUCACAUUUACUACAGACUCUUGAUGGCUUCAUUUUCGUCGUCGCUCCAGACGGAAAGAUAAUGUACAUCUCGGAGACUGCCUCUGUGCACUUAGGACUAUCUCAGGUGGAGCUGACAGGUAACUCUAUAUUCGAGUAUAUCCACACCGAGGAUCACCCCGAGAUGACGGCUGUUCUCAAUCCCCAUCAGCUCCAGCCGUCCUCCACACACUCCCCGCUGGCUACAGAGUUCGAGCUAGAAAGAGCGUUUUUCCUCCGCAUGAAAUGUGUUCUAGCGAAAAGAAACGCAGGGCUAACAACAGCUGGAUAUAAGGUGAUCCAUUGCUCUGGAUAUCUCAAGAUGAAGCAGCUAGGGGCUGACCCUGCCACUCCCUACGACGCCUGCUACCAGAACGUUGGUUUAGUGGCUGUAGGUCACUCUCUACCUCCUAGUGCCAUCACGGAGAUCAAGCUACAUUGUAACAUGUUCAUGUUUCGUGCAAGUCUUGAUCUCAAGCUCAUUUUUCUGGAUGCCAGAGUGGCUCAGCUGACAGGCUACGAACCUCAAGACUUGAUAGAGAAGACCCUCUACCACUACAUCCAUGCCUGUGACAUUAUGCAUAUGCGGUUCUCCCACUAUAUACUGCUCAACAAAGGUCAGGUGACCACCAAGUACUACAGGUUCCUGGCCAAAGAUGGAGGUUGGGUGUGGAUGCAGAGUUACGCUACCAUCGUUCAUAACAGCAGGUCUUCCAGGCCUCAUUGUAUCGUCAGCGUCAACUAUGUGCUCAGUGACCUGGAGGCCAAGGAGUUGUUGUUAUCCACAUGCUGCACUGAGGAGGCUCUAUCUAUAGACUCAGGAGCCAGCAAACUCAGGUCCAGGACUGUUCCGCUCAAAUACCAGAGACCAGAAGAUGACUACAGCGACAACGGCACGCCCUUGUACAACGACUACACCACAAAUGUGGACCUAGUUGGCAUGGGAGGUAUAGCUCAGCCGCAGUACUACCCAGAGGAGUAUCAGCACUACCCAGACCUGCUGUACCAGUAUCAGCAGCCGACCUCUACGGUGAGUCCCUUCAGCAGCAACAGCAGCAGCUGCAGCAGCGAGAGCGACCAUCAUCUGCUAGCAGCAUCUUGCGCCUUCACUCCCCAGCAGCCUCAAUAUGCUGAACCGACCGUGGCUGCUGGACCCGGAUACACCAGCGUCAUCGUCGACACUCAGCAGUAUGUCAACGAGUAUGUGCAUUGAGGUAACUGAAAUAUUCUCGCAAGCUGAUCCAAAGUGGGUGUUGGCGUCAAGUUGGAGAAUGCUGCGAUGUUUCACUCAUGUUGAAGAGUCCUUUGUAGGUCAGCCUGAGACUUAUCUUCAUCUUCAGUCUCAGCCUAUCUGAAAUUCCAACUGACACAAAACUGCUAUGGAUUCAAUACUGGCCACGUAAUGCUACAAAUGAAGAAAAUCGAUAGCUGUUAAAUCCAAAACUGGUGUAUUUCUGCAUAAUGCUCCAUGAAAGAAAAUCUUCAGGGUCUUCUAAAAUAUAUAAAAUUAAACAGAACAAGUUUUACGAGUUAAUAUUUUCUUCAGUAGCCAACGUAUAUCCUUUAAAAACUUUGUUUAUCAAAUCGUUUUAAAAUUUACUUGAAACAUGUGUUAAUUUUGUUUAAUGGUCAUUCUAAAAGUUGUACUAUCAAGUUUCCUGCAACCUGAUUAUUUCUGUGGAAGUUUUAAAAUUACAAAAAUUACUAA